AUACAUCAAUCGAACAUGUGAUCAUCAACAAUUGUACAGAAGGUGUGUAGGAAAUCGUAUGACUUCUAUCAUAUGAAAAAAAAAUAAAACCUCCUUCGUUUCAAAAUAGAAAUUUAAGAAUAUCUUUAUUAAGACGCGUGUGCCCAGCGACGCGGACAGGAGUGCAACUUUUCACUUCGAAGCAUCUACAACAUUUUCGUAUCGUUGCAAGCGCGGUGUUGUCGGAUUUACAAAUCUACCGAGUUGUUCGUGAUAAACGUGAUGUGAUAUAAUAAUUUCGAACAAUUUGAGGUAAUAGAUAAUCUGCCUACUUCAUGGCAUCCGACGGAGAAAGGUGCGGGGGACUUGGUUCAUUUUUGGCGAUGUCCUGCAGAGGACGAGCAGAAGCUUUUGCCAGAAGAUUACACUCAAAGUUGAAAUCUUUAGGUACGCAUGACGAUAAUGGAUCAGCAGACGAAAGCAGCUGGUUGGCAGCUAACGAAAACCCUAUUACUCUAUCUCAACCCGCUCAUUCAUCUAAUCCGGAACAAUUUUUAGAUUUGGAUAUGCUUGAAUCUCCCGGCAGUCCCGAAGAAGAACUAGAAGAAGUAGACUUGAACGUUUUAAACAAAGAUACAUUACUUACGACAGACACUUCACGGCUCAAUGAACAAACAGUCCAAGCACAAGUAACUGUCCUAGCAACGACAAAUAAUUCAACGAACGAUAGCGAUAGCGAUGGAACCUUUUACGAUACAGAAGAUAAACGAUUAUUGAACCACACUAACGGCAUCGACAUGUCAGACAACGAAACGUGCAUCAACUCUCAAGAGUCUGAUUAUUCAUCACAGCAAAUGUUGUCGAUAAGUGAAGAUACGUCGAUGUUGAGUUUCAAAGAAGACGAAUUGAGUCUCGAUGUUGAUACUUCCUUAUCGGAUGCACCGAAAUGUAACGGUGACGUAAGUGAUAACAGCAACGUGAAAAUAAUUAUCAGUGACGAUAUUAGUGUUGAUACUGAUCGUGUAUAUCCUAGUGAAAAUCAAGAUUCUCAUUUACUAACUGAGAAUAACGUGGAUGAGGAUAAAGAAGAAGAAGAAGAAGAAGAUAUCCAACAGCCGAGAGUGAGAAGAAGUACGUCUUUGAAAAGUGGGAAAACGCCACCUGGGACGCCGGGACAGAAGAAAUUUGUUAGAUUCGCUGACGCGCUCGGUUUAGAUUUAGCCGACGUGAGAACGUUCAUGGAUGAUAUACCGAAGAUACCCACAUCGGCUUACGAAGAUCUAGAUGACGCCGAUUUUGGAGAAUCCGUUUCGAAUGAAUUUCUAUCUAGCAUGAUAGGUAGAACUCAACCUAAACCGGAAAAAUAUCUCUUACCCAUGUUCCAACAACCAGUAGGUCUUCCGAAUUUCUUGGAUUUGGUGAGAGAGCACAACGUUUGUUUGGAAAACGUUUACGUGGAGGAUCCCAUUUCGCUAUCGCUGAAAGGUACAGUGCGCGUAAGGAAUUUGGAUUUCCACAAAUCCGUUCAUAUCAGGUACACGUUGGAUUCUUGGCAGACUUUCGCGGACGUUAAAGCUACUUACGUCGAUAAUUCUUGUGAUGGAUUUUCGGAUAAAUUCACGUUUUUGUUAUACGCUCAUACUUUGUCGAUAGGUCAAAAACUGGAAAUGGCGUGUCGGUUUCAGUGUAGGGGUUGUCAGUAUUGGGACAAUAACGGUGGUUCUAAUUAUUGUUUUCAAUGUUUACCAGUGUCGCAUAGUACUACUUCGACGACUAACACCGCGGCGCAAAUGCAAGACGAAUGGAUAGGUGCCAGUUUUUACUAGUUAACACGCCAUUUUAAUAAUACUCGGUGCUAAAUGAAAAUGGCGUUUGAUGGAACGACAGAGUCUCGCGUGAGACGAGAGGAAAUCAAAAUGGAAUCGUUACUGUUGUCUUCAGUAAACGAAUUGAAAAAAUUUUUUCAAGUGUAAGUAAAGAGACGAAAGCAUUUUUCGUUAAGUGCCAUAAAAUUAUAUUAUAUAAGCAGUGAUGAGUGAAUUAUUGGGAUACAGUCUUCCACAUAUCAUAUUAAAUAUAUUUUAGGAUAAACUCCGUUGAUAUUAUGUACUUUUUAUGUUUUUUUUUGUCUUUUCAAUUGUGUAGUAUAACAAACUAAAAUCGAAAUUAAUCAGUCACGUUUCUGUAAAUAAUUUAAUUCAAGUACGACUGGUACAGAUUUUCAACUGUUGUACGCAUGCGUUUAAGAUUAAAGACUGUCGACUGUUUAGCGUAAAGCCAGUUUAGCCGUGGCACUAGUUUGUAAAGGGGCUAUUUUUUGCCGUAAAAAUAAUCGAUUUAAAAAUACGGAUUGUUGUGAAAUUUCUCAUGAAACCUGGAAAAACUGCUACUAAAAUAUGAAACAAGUGUAUUACAUUGAAUAUUUGUCGCUCCCAUGUAUUCUUGUGGGGUUUAAGCGUUUUAAAGAUGGCCGAAAAGAUCUUGAAGAUAAUUCACUUUCUUAUCUUGUUCAAUAUUCUGUCUGCUAAAUAAUCGUGCGAUUUCUGAAGCUAUACGAAUUGACCUAAAAAUUUUAUCAUACGAAAAGUGUGUACGAAUCUGGUACCUAAACAACAAGAAACUCGCAAAAAAUUUGUAUUGAAACUUUAAAUGCUAUUAUUUAUACUAUUUGUGCGUCCCACACUCUCUUAACUAGUUUUGAAUCUUCUAUUCUUUAUAAAUGACUUAACCAAGGUGACUAUCCUUGUUCAAUGAUUUCCAUCAGUUACAUAACCUCUAGAUCAUGUCCUAACCUAACCUAACUUUUUGUAUUACCUCUCAUACGCCUAAGAUAUUCCAUCUGUGCAGCUAAAUGCUUUAAAAACGUUAGCUUUGUAUUUCUUGCGAGUGUAAUUGUAUUUGAACUGUUGGUAGAUCUUUAAUAAUGUCUGCAUCUUCAUUACCUGUCCUAUUUGGGUACCAUAACUGCAGUCUUCUUUUUCUUCGAAAUGCUUUAGUGUAUUCCCCAAGUAUCAAAGUUUUGCAGUACAUCUUGGAGGUUUUCUGCUAUAAGGACUUCUGUAUAAUCUUCUAUCCAACGCAUACUCGUGGUUAUAAAAACUAUUACAUGGUUGAGAUUUCGUUCUUUAUCAAAAGCUUUCUUUAUAUCGAUAAAUCCAAUGAAUCCGAAUAAUGAAUCUGAAUCUCAGCGGAGGUCUUAAUUUAUUACUCUUACGAGUAGAUAAAAUGAAGAAAUAUGAAAUAAAAUACAAAAAAAAAUGAAAAACACGUAAAUUUGACACAAAAACAGUAUUUAUUUCUUUUAGUUCAUAAUACACAAUAGGUUAUUUCGAGUAACGUGAUUUGAAACGUCGGCCAUAUUAUCGUGGUGGACAAAAAAGAUUUUGAUUCCAUAAAUGAGAUCAAACACUACCAUAACCAUAAUUUUAAUAUAAAUAACGUAAUAUUUGUCGUGGCAAGGUUGAAUCCUAACCUUAACGUACAUAAAGAAAUGAAAACGUGGCAAAAAAGUGAUGAACAGAAAAAAACAAGUAUAAAGUGUUCCAAUGUUGGGGAUUUUCCUUGGCUAACGUUGGUAGCAAAACAUUGUUCGAAUGACAUGCGCACUACGACCUCACGAUACGUCCAAUCAUACCAACGUUGGAAGUAUGGGACGCAUGUUGUGGUACCAACUGUAUAUUGAGAAGGGAGAGGGUUUGUUUUGCCGAAAAAUCAAGAAAUAGGGCGUGGAAUAUAUUUACGACGUCAAAUCGUAGGGUUCCAAUUAAAAAAAAGUGUCUUCUGUGCCAGCCUGCACAUUAAAAAUAAAAUUUGAACACAAAAAUCGAUUCCUCAUAAAAAAAUAAUGGGGGUUAACGCUUAUUUUUGUAACGAUGUUUUUGGCUGACCAAUUUCUUUUUUAGUUUGUUAGAUUUAGGUGAAAAAAUAACAAAACUUUUUUAUUUAAUAUAAAUUAAGUAUUUUAACAAGUUUAAUUGUUUAUAUUAACGUUUAUUAUAGAUGAUUUAGAAUUUCCUUUGUGAUAAUAAUAAUUUUACGAUUCUGGUAGCAAUAAAAAUUAUAAACUAUGAGAUAAAAAUAGAUUUCCAAAGGAAUUUCUACAGCCUGAUUGUACUCGAAUUCUUUCAAUUGAUUCAUUAAUAAAUCUUGUAGUACAAUUUCAUAAAAUCGCUACUAUAAUUUAUUCAUACAUACUUCAUCUUCAUCAUCAUCUUCAUCAACAUCAUCAUUAUCAAGCCUUUCAAUCCUUUGGAUUAUGGUGCUUUCGAAUCCUUUUUUGAGGUGGAUUACUCUACGUUUUCUAUUUUUGUUUUCUUCAUAGUUUAUCGUUUGUCUUGGCUGCUUUUGUUAUUAUUUCCCAUACAUUUGGGCUCCUCUAUUUCGUUUAUCCAAGUCUUUCUCGGUCUGCCUCUUCUCCUUGACCACAAUGGGGUCCAUUGCGCUAUUUUUUCGAUCGUUUCAGUUGGUUUUUUUACCAUUAUAUGCCUAGCCCAGUUGAGUCUUUGUGCUUUUAUAAAUCUCACUAUAUUUUCAACUUUUUUAUCUAUUUCAUCGUUUUUCUUUGCUCUCCUUUCUCCCUUCUAUGUUAUGUGAAGACCUGUUAUUAUCUUUCUCUAGGUUCUUUUAAGUUCUUCUUGAUUUCUUUUGUUGAUUACUGUUGUUUCCAUCUCAUAUGUGAUUACUGGUCUUAUUGGGAUCUUGUACAUUCUAUUUUGCUUUGUUUCAAAAUUGUAUUGGUGAGUUUUCAGCUGGUUUUUCCCUUAUUGCGCUUUCUGUGAUGUUGAUGAUGUUUUUUUUUUAAUUCCUCGUCUUUCUAAUUCUUCCAUUCCGUUAUUUUCUCUAUUUCUUUUCUAUUAUUUGGUCUGGAGUGUGGAUCUUCCUAAAGCCGUUUUGAUAAUCCCCUAGUUCUUUCUCUGCGAGUUCUUUCAAGCAGGGUUAUGGCUCUAUAAUUUUGGCACAACUCUUUAUUGCCUUUCUCAAAUAUUGGUGUGAUUAUGCCUGUGCUCCACUCGUCUGGGAUUUUGUUUUAUUUCCAUAUCUGCUCUAGUAGUUGAUGAAUAUGUAGAUAGAUACUUCAAUUGCCAGUGCCAGAAAUUUAUUAAUUUAAUGUAUUUAUGAAUAAAUUAUAAAUUUUUGUAAGUCUCCUUAAUGGUUCACUUAUACUACGUAUAUCAAUAAUUUUGCGUGAAUGAAACGUAUUUAAAUUAAAUAAUUUACUUUUUUAUAUUUCAGUCAAUAUGUCAAUAAUUAAAUCUAAUUUUAUUUUGACAUAUUUCGGCUCUGAAUUAGACUAUAAACAAUUAAAAUUAGUUAGUAAUUUGGGGUUUAAUAACUGCACAAUGUUUCAAUUUAGUAACAAAUAAUGUUAUACAGAGUGAUCCAUUUAGAGAAGUACACGUUUUGAAUCUCCUAGUACAUUAAACAUUAUUUUAUCUACAACACUGUGCACUGUGUAAAAUCUCGAUAUUUUUAUGCUAUUUUGGAUAUAUUUUUUUGAUUUUUGAUAACCCAUUUCUGGACAUUUUUCAAUUCUAUGUCUAUUAUGUAUCUUGAGCUUGCACGAUUAACAAUCAAUUUGAAUUUAUUUUGAAUUGAAAAUAUUUUAGGUAUUGUUUCGAUUUUCAAAUUUUCAAUUUUUAUAGUGUCCCCAUUUUAAAAACUCACCCUAUAUAUCGAUACUGUAUCAGUAGCCGGUUUAUAAAAAAAAAUUUCAAAGAAUUUGGUUACUUUUCUCUAUUUUUUUUUUAAUUUAUACUCACUUUUACUCAUCACUGUAUCUACUUUAGAAAAUAAUUAGAUACCUGAUCACUUAGUCAAAAUCACCACGAAACGAAAUUGAUCUCACAACACUGAAUUAAUUAGUGUGUUAGGUUACGAUUGCUGGUGAUGUCCCAAACCAAUUAAAACCGGUUAUAUCUGCUUAUAAUCAGUAUGUCAUUACCUCAGUUGCGAGUGUAGCUGCGUAUAGGUCAGAAAAUCAUGGUUAACAUUUAGGAUGGUCCAUAAAAUACCAAUCAUAGUUUUAUAAAAACCAGAAAAAAAUUUUCGUCGUGGAAAGACAUUUAUAUAUACAGGGAUAUCAAAUAAUUGUAAUUAGACGAAGCGAAGGUGUAUUUCUGUGAUCAGAUUAUAUCCACCACCCUUCUGAACAGAUGUUUAAGGGCUUUUCUCACAACAAAUGGAACUGGAGGCUAGAAAAUACUAUCUUGAUGAAUAUUUCUUCUAACAAGCAUGCUAAAAUGAUUUCUAUUAAUAAACGCACCUCUAUGAUUGCUAGAAAUGUGGCUACAGCUGUUGGUGUUGGAAAAUCCAGUGUGUCUCCAAAAAGAAAAGGAAAAUCAACUCAGAAAUAGAUAAAAUUUUUAUAAAAAAAUGACCGGAAAGCAAGUAAACCCUGAAAAUAAUGGCAAAACUUUAGGAUGGUCCAUAAAAUACCAAUCAUAGGUUGUUAAUGACCAGAAAAAAUCGAUUUCAAGUGGGAAAAGAUAUUUAUAUAUACAGGGAUAUCAAAUAAUUGUAAUUAGACGAAGUGAAGGUGUAUUUCUGUGAUCAGAUUAUAUCCACCACCCUUCUGAACAGAUGUUUAAGGGCUUUUCUCACAACAAAUGGAACUGGAGGCUAGAAAAUACUAUCUUGAUGAAUAUUUCUUCUAACAAGCAUGCUAAAAUGAUUUCUAUUAAUAAACGCACCUCUAUGAUUGCUAGAAAUGUGGCUACAGCUGUUGGUGAUGGAAAAUCCAGUGUGUCUCCAAAAAGAAAAGGAAAAUCAACUCAGAAAUAGAUAAAAUUUUUAUAAAAAAAUGACCGGAAAGCAAGUAAACCCUGAAAAUAAUGGCAAACCUUUAGGAUGGUCCAUAAAAUACCAAUCAUAGGUUGUUAAUGACCAGAAAAAAUCGAUUUCAGGUGGGAAAAGAUAUUUAUAUAUACAGGGAUAUCAAAUAAUUGUAAUUAGACGAAGCGAAGGUGUAUUUCUGUGAUCAGAUUAUAUCCACCACCGUUCUGAACAGAUGUUUAAGGGCUUUUCUCACAACAAAUGGAACUGGAGGCUAGAAAAUACUAUCUUGAUGAAUAUUUCUUCUAACAAGCAUGCUAAAAUGAUUUCUAUUAAUAAACGCACCUCUAUGAUUGCUAGAAAUGUGGCUACAGCUGUUGGUGUUGGAAAAUCCAGUGUGUCUCCAAAAAGAAAAGGAAAAUCAACUCAAAAAUAGAUAAAAUUUUUAUAAAAAAAUGACCGGAAAGCAAGUAAACCCUGAAAAUAAUGGCAAACCUUUAGGAUGGUCCAUAAAAUACCAAUCAUAGGUUGUUAAUGACCAGAAAAAAUCGAUUUCAAGUGGGAAAAGAUAUUUAUAUAUACAGGGAUAUCAAAUAAUUGUAAUUAGACGAAGUGAAGGUGUAUUUCUGUGAUCAGAUUAUAUCCACCACCCUUCUGAACAGAUGUUUAAGGGCUUUUCUCACAACAAAUGGAACUGGAGGCUAGAAAAUACUAUCUUGAUGAAUAUUUCUUCUAACAAGCAUGCUAAAAUGAUUUCUAUUAAUAAACACACUUCUAUGAUUGCUAGAAAUGUGGCUACAGCUGUUGGUGUUGGAAAAUCCAGUGUGUCUCCAAAAAGAAAAGGAAAAUCAACUCAGAAAUAGAUAAAAUUUUUAUAAAAAAAUGACCGGAAAGCAAGUAAACCCUGAAAAUAAUGGCAAAACUUUAGGAUGGUCCAUAAAAUACCAAUCAUAGGUUGUUAAUGACCAGAAAAAAUCGAUUUCAAGUGGGAAAAGAUAUUUAUAUAUACAGGGAUAUCAAAUAAUUGUAAUUAGACGGAAUGAAGGUGUAUUUUUGUGAUCAGAUUAUAUCCACCACCCAUCUAGGAUAGUGGAUGUGAUGUUUAAUGCUUUUCCCACCUUUAUAAUUGCUACAAAUACAGAUACAGUUGUUGAUGUUGGAAAAUCAAGUGUGUCUUCAAAAAAAGAAGGAAAAUAUGGGCGCAAACGAAAAACAACACAAAAACAGAUGAAAUUUUUAUAAAAAAUAGCAAACUAAAUCCAUUAAAGACAAGCAAACACUUUCGAAGGGAUUUCCUGGAUUAUAAUGUUGAAGUGAUUACGGAUAUUGACUGAAACUUAGAAAAUGCUUACAAAAUAUUAAGCUUCUUCCAUAAAAUAUCAAUCAUGGGUUGUUAACAACUGAAUAUGUGUGAUUUAUUGUAGUUAAGUUUCCGAGGAAUAAUAUUAACCUACAAAUAAAUUCUCCAGUUGGUUUUUUUCCAUAUUUUAUCCACCAAUUUAGUAACUGACAGAUGAGGAAUGUUGGCUUGUUAGCAAAUCUCAACAGUAAAUGUCCUUCUUCAAAAAUAAAAUUGCUGCCUCGCUUCUUAGUAUUAGUAUCUUCCUUUUUCUUUUAAAUAAAUUUCGCUCACGAGAAUCAGUAAACAUUCUCAAAGCUUACACAGACCGGAAAUCAAAUAAAUUUCGCAAAACAAUAUUUAGAUUCAGUUCAAAUCCUCAAAUUGCUGUUCUACGGGUCUUCUUGCUGUUAACUCGCUUAUCUAACAGUUGAAAGUAAGAUUAACAAAUCUACCAACAGAUAAAAGUUCGUCAAAAAACCCUAACGGGGCCUUAGGAUUCUAUUAGUUUAUUUUGACGAAAAUUACACGUCACUAGAUGGCGCUAAAUUUGGCUUCUACAGCGGUGUUUGAUGAUGUUUAGUUUUUUAUUAUUGUAGGAUUUUCUUUUUAUAAUUUCCGUUAUUUCCUAAACGUGUUUGUGUUUGAGAAUCGGUCUAAAAAGGACAAAAAUUGAAAAAACCCUUUCUAACAUCUUAAAAACAACUAGUAUUUGUAAAACUGAAACGUUUACAGCGUUUCUGUUGUUUUGAAGUGCAUGGAUGUGUGGUUAGUUUGAAAGAAAAUUAACAGAUGUCGCCCACUUUGUAAUAACAAUGAUUCUUCUUCUUUACCAAAUCACUUUGAUUCGUUUGAUUUUACAUUAUGUAAGCUAAUCAAUUUAGUUGCAACAACUAUAAAAAUUGUUCUAUAAAUAAUUUGAAAGUGAAUUUGAAAAUACAAACAUAAUAUUUAUAGAUUUUAAUUAAUAUCACGCUAAAAUUAAUUCCUAUUUUUAACAUUUAAAUUGCACAUUUAAGCUAAAAUAGAUAAAUAUCAAAACAAUUUCGAUAUCUAUAUUUGGUAUAUAUUGUGAAAUAAUAUUUUUUGUAACAAAAGUUCAACUUCUAUCACGAGUUUAAAAUAGAACAAAUAAUGUAAUUUAUUUUUAGUUACACAUAGUACUUUAUUGAAUUCCUGUUUCUCCAAUUAAAUGUGGAAUUGAAUCAAAUAUUUUAUUGAACAGAAAUUAAAAUUGUUGAAAAUUACAAGAAUUAUGUUUAAAUAAGUCGUAGACUUGGUGUUUGCUGAAGAAUCUUGAGCUUUUUCCAUUCUUUUCUUCACUCUACUCCAUUUUUUGUUUGUACUCAAAUACUUUUCAAUUUUAACUUAAAUGAAAAGCAAAUUAAACCCACCAGAAACGCGCCACCCCACGCUACUUGUCGAAUAUGUGUGCUUAUGUUUUUGAAUGGCGUGGCGUAGCGUGGCGUAGCUGAGUGUUUACUCAGACAAUUGAAUUAAAUGGAAAAACAUAUGCACACAUAUGUCUAUUAGUUUAAUGAAUUUGUAGGGCUGUAGAAUAUAAACUUACAGUGUAUUAAAGUUGACAUUUUGCUCAAUUUUCAAUCUAUUUAUGAAAAUUGUAACAUAUGAGGGAAAUAUUCCGGUUUUUUCUUUAAAUAAAUGUUCGUGAAUUGUUAUUAAAACAAAACAAUCCAGUCUUAGGCCGCCUGUGUGCUAAGAUCAUACAAGUUAUUUUUGUGACAAAAUCUACACAUUCUUGUUAAUUUAAAUUUAUUAAAACCUGUUUUUUUUUGAAAAAAACUGCCAUUUGAGUGCCCUAAGAAACUUAAUUAUAGACAAAAAUCAUUUAUUGAUAUUUAUAAUUAAAAAUAAAGAGGAACAUGAUUCUGUAGAAGCAAUGUUUUGUAAACAAACGGUCAGUUAUUGUUAGAGACUUUCUUUUACAAAAACAAACUAUCAUUUGUUGUUAGAAACUUUUUUUUACCAAAUCCAAAACGUCAAUUAUCGUUAGAGAUUUUCUUUUACGUUAACAAACCCUCAGAUGUCGUUAGAAACUUUUUUUUACAAAAUCCAAAACGUCAAUUUCGUUAGAGACUUUCUUUUACGUAAACAGACCAUCAGACGUCGUUAGAGACUUCUUUUACAAAAUCCAAAACGUCAAUUGUCGUUAGAGAUUUUCUUUUACGUUAACAAAUUCUCAGAUGUCGCUAGAAACUUUUUUUUACAAAAUCCAAAACGUCAAUUGUCGUUAGAGACUUUCUUUUACGUAAACAGACCAUCAGAUGUCGUUAGAAACUUUUUUUUACAAAAUCCAAAACGUCCGUUGUCGUUAGAAACUUUCUUUUACGUAAACAAACAGUCAGUUGUCGUUAGAGAUUUUCUUUUACGUUAACAAACCCUCAGACGUCGUUAGAAACUUUUUUUUACAAAAUCCAAACCGUCGGUUGUCGUUAGAGACUUUCUUUUACGUUAACAAACCCUCAGAUGUCGUUAGAAACUUUUUUUUACAAAAUUCAAAACGUCAAUUGUCGUUAGAGAUUUUCUUUUACGUUAACAAAUUCUCAGAUGUCGUUAGAAACUUUUUUUUACAAAAUCCAAAACGUCAAUUGUCGUUAGAGAUUUUCUUUUACGUAAA